AUGCCUGAAAAGCCAGCGCCAGCGCCCACCGCGCCCAAGCCCGUCAAACGUGCAAAGAAAGUCGAUCCUGAGCUUUCUGAAUGGAAACCGACCAAGAAGACGGCCUCGAAGAAGAGGAAGAAGGCUGACGACGAUGUUGAAGACAAAGAAGGUCAGGCGGUUGAAGAGGAAACCAAGCCAAAGAAAAAGGUCAAAAAGUCUGAGGAAACGAAAGAGCCUGCUGAAGAGGCGAAAGCUUCCACUACGACUCGCACCGAGAGACGUCGCAGCGGGGCCGUCACCGUCCAGCCCACCAUUGAAGAGGGGAGCGAGGGCAAGACUUUGGAGGAAAACCUCGUCGUGGGCUCGUUCCUGCCCGACUUGACUCUUCACAAGGAGAAUGGAGAUGAGAUCAACCUCAAUACUCUCGCCAGCCAGACCGGUGUGGUCAUCUUUGCGGCUCCCAAGGCGGAUACCCCGGGAUGCAACAAGCAAUCUUGCCAUUUCCGCGACUCUGCAGCAGACUUCCGCGAGCUCGGGUACACCGUCUGGGGAUUGACGUCUGAUUCUCCAAAGGCCCUGUCUCGUUGGCAAGAGAAGAACAAGUUUGGCUACUCGUUACUCUCCGACCCCGAGCGCAAGUUUAUCAAGAUGCUUGGAGCCCUGAACGGUACGAGCACCAAGAGGAGCCACUUUGUGUUUGAGAAGGGAACGGGCAAACUGUUGAAUGCAUCCAUUGGCGUCAAGCCAGACGAAAGCCACCGUGUUGCUCUGGAGUUUGUCAAGAGCCUCUAA